AGGAGGCGGGGCAGAGGCAGCGUUCUAGCCCCGCCCCCUCUGUGCUCCGGGGCGGGGGGCGGCUCCGCUCUAGCCACCGCCCCCCCGCAGACUCGCUGCUCCGCGCUGAGCCGGCCGGGCUGGGCUCGGGCCGGGAAGAUGGCGGCGAGCAGGAGAGUGGGCAAGGAGCUGGAUGACUUGAAGAGGUCUGGGUCCCGCUGCUUGAAGGACAUUGAGGUGGACGACACCAAUGUUCUCCUGUGGAAAGGGCUCCUGGUACCGCCCUAUGACCAGGACAAUCCUCCCUACAACAAAGGCGCUUUCCGAAUCGAGAUCAGCUUCCCAGCCGAGUACCCCUUCAAGCCCCCCAAGGUCACCUUCAAAACUAAGAUCUACCACCCCAACGUGGACGAGAAGGGGCAGGUCUGCCUGCCGAUCAUCAGCGCUGAGAACUGGAAACCCGCCACCAAGACGGAUCAAGUGAUCCAGGCCCUGAUCGCGUUGGUGAACGAGCCCGAGCCGGGCCACCCGCUGCGUGCCGACCUGGCCGAGGAAUUCACCCGCGACUACAAGAGGUUCCUGCGCAACGCUGAGGAUCACACCCGCAAAUUCAGCGAGAAGCGGCCCUGCGAGUGACCCUGCUCCUGCUCUGGCACCCCCUGCCUGCUCCUGGUGGGGAAGACUCGCUGUCCCAGGCAGGGGUGGUGCCUAUGCACUCAGUGGGUGAAGUCUAGUGAGUGGGUGGGGCCAAGGUGGUCCCUCCCACCAUUGCAUGCUGUCAUGGCGAUGCAUCCCAUGGAAUUCUGGGGCAUGUGCCCCACCCCUGCCCGGACUAAGGGGGGACCCAGCACCUCACGGUAACACUGUUGUCACUUGUUGGAGCCCUUCAACCAAGAGGGGGCACUGAAGCCCUGGGGGGGUUUGAAGUUGGGUAUGUGGGCUUUCCCCUUCCCUUCAUUGAUUGACUCCUUUGCUCACCUCGUCUUCACUGGGGGGCUCCCAGGCCUGCCAGGAGUGGUCGGGCCGAAGGCCGCUCCCUGGGCACUGAGCUUUAUGCCAUGAACCCCAUUGCCACUGUUGAUCUUGUUUUGGUUUGUUGCCUGGCACUUUAAAACCUCAGCGGCAAAGACCGGAGGGGGGAGAGAGCAGCCCCAAAUGCCUUCCCUGCACCCAGCCCAUGCAGACAGGAAGUGAUGCCUGCAGCUGGGCAGGUGAUUGGGGCUGGGGGAGGGAAGGGCAGGGGAGGGGGGUAUCAGGCUGGAGGGUGAUUCUGGGUUGUAAUAGUGUGAUGAGAAAUGUUUUUUAAAAUAGCCCCUUUGUUUGUCGGCUGGGGGGGGUGUGUGUUGUGUGUGUGUGUGUGUGAAAUAACUUCCUUUUUCUGAUCAAUAAAAAUGAACCGUGAUCCCUCUGCUCCCA